UACUUCCUAGAGGGGCGGAGGCAGACGGAUGUGCUUUUUGGUAGUCUACUAGCUUCAAACUGUUACGCCCAGAAAGAGGUUAAAUAUGCGUAAUUAUGCGAAUCCUAUGUAACGUAAUGUAUCCAUUAAACCCGGGACAUCUAAGCUUCGUACUGUGACUUUGGAUUAUGGUUUAGUUUUUAACCCGUUUAAUGCCAUCAUCAAGUGUGCAGCACAUAUUUACAGGGUUAAGAUGCCUUCAAAAAAUUCACUCUCCACUUCAAACUCAUCUUGGAGAAAUUUGUCACUCUGUGGAGUAAUAAAUGUCAAAAGUGGAAUGAGUUUCCAGGAGCCACUUUCAGAAGAAACUAUUUUACACAUAGUAGAUGAGCUGGACCCCUUAGAAGUUGAACGGAUACUGUUUGUGUGUAGAGAUUAUGCCUGUCACAUGCCAGUGCAUGAACUCUUAAAGGAAUUGCAUGAGAAGAACAUACUUAAACCUACAGGAUUGGUUGAAUUACUUUUUGUGGUGGAAAGGUUUGAUCUACUAAAAAAAUAUAUGCAAAUGUCAAAAACAGAUGCAAGUCAGUUGCUGAAGUCACACCCCAGGCUCCUUUCAGAUUACAGGGUUCUUAUGGUAGAAUUCCAUGAAGAGCUGACAGACUCGGAUUUAGACUCACUCAUAUUUUUACUUAAACCCCACAUGAAGAGUGGAGGAAAACUACAGAAAAAGACUUUCCUGUCUUUAAUCAUCGAACUAGAGAAGAUGAAUCUGGUUGCUCCAGACAACUUGAAACUGUUGGAUGAGAAAUUCCAAACCAUCAACAGAAUAGAUCUGCGAAGUAAACUUCUCAAAUGCAUCCAAGCUGGUUGUGAGGUUUCCAGAGGACCAUACAUCAAUGCAUUUGGAGUAAGUUCUGCAAUCCAUAAAUUAAAAGCUCUGCCUGAAUAUUCCUUGAAGAAUGAAUUGAUGCCAAAAAGUGGAAUUCAUUUUUUAAGUGGUAUACCAGUGCAAGAAACUGGGCAGUGCAUUCAGGAAGAGGUCAAUGACGAUGAGUAUGUAUUGCAUCCCAAAAAUGGACGUUACUGUCUCAUCAUUGACUGUGUAGGAAAUGAUGCAGACUUAUUGGAGGUAACAUUUAAAAGCCUUAAUUUCACAGUUCAAAAACACAUGUACUGUACCACAAGGUAUCUAGAAGAAGUGCUUCAGGACAUGAAAACGAUGGAUCAGCUCCAACAGCAAGAUAUAUUUGUGUGCAUUCUUAUCAGCCGUGGGGGUUCUAAUUGUAUUUUUGGAACAGAUCAGAGAUACCCUGGAAUUUCUCUAGACAAAAUAAGGAACUAUUUCACAGAACAGUCUUGUCCAUACCUGGCUGGAAAACCCAAACUCUUUUUUAUCCAGAGCUAUGUUGUGUGUGAUACAGAGCAACAAUGUGCUCCCUUCAUGGUAGAUGCUAGUGGGUUUGGACAACCAAUUGCUCCAAGUGAUAAAAAGUUAAAGUGCAGUGAUAAAAUACAACAAGAGCCUCAUGUCUUUUGGAAUCAUUGUAAAGUGGAAGAGAAAAAACUACAGCAUUUUCCAAGCGAGGGAUCUCUAUAUUUAAAAAGUUUAUGCAAUGUACUCUUAAGACCAAGGAAGCUCCAUUUAUUGGAUACUCACACAGAAGUGAGCAGCGUUCUCAGUGGUGAAGAAGAAAACGAAUGUUCUUUGGAAAUGUGGCAUACGCUGACAAAAAAUAUCUUUUUGAAUUCACAUUAAAGGUGCUGUUCACAACAUAGAUGUCUGGCAGCAUGGUGCCCUUUUAUGGUGCAUCUGGCUUUUGCGACUACAACUCCCAUCACGUUCGUCCGUAUUCAGUUUGAAUACGAUGAGGGUUGUGUUCUAGAAAUCUCAGAAGAUAUUUUUUUAAUUAAAAUAGUAAAGCAAGUGUACUUAGAUAUAUUUGUCACAGUCUAGGUGUUGGUCCACCCCUUUUCCCACCAGGGGCUGGGACAGUUUUUGGAGUUUUGCUAAAGUUAUGUUUAGGUGGCAAUCCUAUACACAGCUUAUUCUUGUACUAGGGAAGCUUAUAUCUUUUAUUUAACCCCUUAUUAUAUAUCAUUAUAUUAGGUUAAUAUAAAAUAUAGAAUCGGUCAUAAAAAAUAGUUAAUUAAAGCAGAAUCUAUAUCCCAUGACAUUAUCCAACAAUAAUAAUUGAUAUGUAAUAAAACAAUGUAAAUCCAUUUUACUUAUUUAAAUAAAAAAACACCUAAUCUAGAACAUACAGACAUACUAGUUGUCUGUGCUCACAUUAUAUAAGUAACAUCAUAAUAUAGGGCUGUAAUUGUACAAUUUAAUGCUGCAAUCUAGGCCUAUGGCACAUAUACAUUCUGUUUAUUAGGUGAUUGGACUGUCAAUCACUGUGUGGUUACAAAAAUACUGUAUUUGCUCUGUUAUA